AUGCGCAUGUACCUGAGGCCGCCGCGUCUCGCCGACGCUGAUGAGAUAGCCGCCGCCUGCGCCCGCUCGGAGCAGGCGCGGCUCCUCUCUCGGCUCGGAGCAAAGCCAAGCGCCCCGGCCGUGUGCGCCAUCUGUCUCGAGGAAACGGCAGCGCAAGGCCCGAAGGAGCCGCAACAACAAGUUCUACGCCUCGGCUGCGGCCAUCAUUACCACGUCGAGUGCCUGUGCAAGGCAGUGAGGCACGGGCACACGUGCUGUCCCCUCUGCCGCUCGGCCCUCCCCUCCGCCCUCACCGACGACGACAAGCCAGAGAGGUCCCAUCGUGGCUGCCUCCACUGCCUGCCCCGGAUUUCGACGGGCGCGACCGCUGGCACCGCGGUGGCAGCGGUGGCGGGCGCGGUCAUGGGGGCGGCUGUUCCAAUCAGCUUCAUCACGAGUAUUCUCUGA